AUGUCUUUAAUUGGUGCGGAUACGCUGAGUCAGGAGGGAUUCAUAGUAUGCUGUGGUUAUGAUUGGGAUAAGAUCCGGUGCUCAAAGGACUGGGCGCCCGUGCAGCCAGGGCUUCUGCCCCCUGAUCAGAUAGGACGGUUCCCCUGGCUGGGGGUCAUACAACACGACUUCUACUCAGCAGAUACGAUGCGUUACAGCAUCACUGGGGCUGUGCUCAUACAUCCCGAAUUUGCGCUUGCGCCAGCCGAGGACAUGGCUAAAAUAGACAAAGACAUCCUUAGCAACACCACACAUUUUAUAGUAUGGCACAGCGCCGACCUGAGGUAUUCCAUCGGAGUAGAAGACUAUAUCAUGCAUCCCGAGUACGAAGACCGGAGGACCUACGCCACCACCGCGCUGGUUGAGCUCAUGAUUGUGGAAUCCAAUCAAGUUGGGCACCCAGCCCCUGUUCUGCCAAUCUGCUUGCCCGCCAAAAACCACCCUUCCUUUGAUAAGAUCUACGUCGUGAAAAUGACUACCGGAGAUGAUGGCCAGAUUCUGAAGGAGAUAUUCUCAAUGAUAGCCAUUGACAACAAAGACUGCGACAUGUUCUAUGAAAAGGCUGAGCUGGAUUUCAAGAUGAUGUUGCCCUCUCAGCCGAUUUGCGCGGCUACCCUCGAGCAACAACCGGCCUGCAUAUGGGACGGCGGCGCUGUAUUGGUCACAAGAGAGCCGGAUAGCUAUUGGACACUGGUAAGAACUUCAACAUUAGGUUUCGGCGUGCGCGGGCCCGGCUGCGGGGCCCCUGCGCGCUUCGUCGACGUACAAAGCCAGCUGCUGUGGAUCGACCCCCAGAUAUAUUGCCAGCUGGACCUGGAGGAGACCGUGCCGGAAGGUGUAGUGCCCAAGGAUCAGAUGGGCCGGUUCCCCUGGAUUGGCAUCAUUCAGCAUGAUUUCUACAUAGCCGAGACGAUGCGGUAUGCGAUCACAACUGGCGUUCUCAUACACCCAGCGUAUGCUCUUGCACCAGCAGAGGACAUGGCCAAAAUUAACCGGCAGACCAUCACGAACACAACGCGUUUCAUAGUAUGGUUCAGCGACACGGUCAGACAUACCAUGGGGGUCGAAGACUACGUUAUGCACCACGAGUAUGAGCUCGAAAAGACUUACGCCAGCAUCGCUUUAGUGGAGAUCAUUCCGCAUGGUGCCACCACCAGAGGACACCCAUCUGUCAUUUACCCGAUUUGCCUCCCCUACAAAGGCAGUGGCACCUUCGACAAACUGUACGUUGUGAGAAUGACAGAUGCGACGGGUGAGCUGAUGAAAGAGGUCACCAAAGUGGAUUACGUUGAGAAGGAGGAUUGUGACAGGUUUUACGAAAAGGCUGAGCUAAACUACGAGCUGAUGAUGCCAUCCGAGUCAAUCUGCGCCACGGCUCAGGCCCAGCAGCCCGCCUGCGUGUGGGACGGCGGCGCCGUGCUGGUGUCCAGGAGGGCUGACAGCUGGAUUCUGCUCGGUUUCGGCAUUCGCGGGCCGGGCUGUGGUGCGCCAGCACGCUUUGUCAGCGUCUUCAGCCACAUCGAGUGGAUCGACAUCCAAAUAACCGCCAUACCCGCCGAACGAGCGGGGGAGGACACUGGCUACAUACUGCGAUCUGUGUCUCCCGUUGAAACCAUUAUGUAUGCACCGGGCGAGCACGCAAAGACGAGCGAAGGGCAGUGCAAGUCGUCGAAAACUACAGGCGUUAUAUACAGGGACAUGUCCGAAGUUUUCCUCACCAACAACUACGGCCGCGGCUACUUCUUUGUGACGGAUCAAGCGGACUUCUCCUGUUUGGUGGUGUCGCUGCACUGCAACCAGCGGUCUAACGCCGCCAUGUGGGUGGAGCACAACUGCUACCGCGACGUCUCCGGGACGCACAGAGGGCAGGACAAAAGACGUAGUCAAACACCCCAUUUCUUUAAUUGCAGCCUCCAAUGCUACAAAUACUUCAAGAGCACAGCAUUCAUCGAGUUCCGCUUCACGUUCUCCUACCUCGCCAAGAUCGAGAUCAAGGUCUACGGCAGCCGGGUCGAGGAGCCCUCACCACCCUUGGACCCUUGGGCGGGCGAGAUGACCACCCUUACGUGGUGGCCCACGGACGGGGAGAGGCAUGGCAUGCGGUGGGGGUUGUUUGUGCCCGUCGACGCUUGGUGGUUCAAAAUGUAA